AGCUGCCAGAGCCUUUAAGCCCGGGCUCGCGCGGCCGGAGUGUGCUUUCGCCGCGCGGUCCAGCCACCCCCAGGUCCCGUCAGUCUCCGCCGUCCCGCCAGUCAGCGGCCCGGGAGCCGGCUCGGUCCGAAGCGUUCGGUCAUGCCCCGCUACGAGCUGGCUUUGAUCCUGAAAGCCAUGCAGCGGCCAGAGACUGCUGCUGCUUUGAAACGUACGCUAGAAGCCCUGAUGGACAGAGGAGCAGUAGUAAGGGGCCUGGAGAACCUGGGCCAACGCGCGCUGCCGUAUAAGAUCUCCACCCACAGCCAGCGGCACACUCGAGGCGGGUAUUUCUUGGUGGAUUUUUAUGCACCAACAACAGCUGUUGAAAGCAUGAUGGAGCACUUGUCUCGAGACACUGAUGUGAUUAGACCGAAUAUUGUAAAACAUCCUCUGACCCAGGAAACAAAAGAGUGUGAAGGGAUUGUCCCAGUCCCACUUGAAGAAAAGUUAUAUUCCACGAAGAAGAGGAAGUGAGAAGAUUGACCAGAUUUUAGCCCUGAAUUUAAUUCUCUCUCAUUUGCACAGCACAGUGAUGUGAAUAGUGUACAGGUUGGCCUUUAUGUGAGAGUGCAUUGCAGGUGCAUCUGAUUUUCCUAGGGUAUUUUUAACUCUUGGUCCCCUUUGCUUCAAGAGACGGGGAGACUGCCCACUGAGAACUGCUCUGUAAUCUGCAGUCCCAGCAAAUCAUUCUUGAUCUUGUUUUCAUUAAUCUAAUUUCUCUGGCAGGACUUUCUUCUCGUGACAGUAACAUCAUUUUGAUGAGCAGAAUUUACAAGACUGCCUAAGAUUGUGUGCUGGUCAUUCAGACUAUUAAACCAUGCAAAAAUAAAACUGGAAGACCACUGGAUUGUAUGGACAACUUUUGCUUAGAGUUAAUAAACCUGACUG